GGGAGGAAGAAGGGAAUGAAACAUGUUUCAAUAGUUUUAUAAUUUUUAUAAUUUUAUUAUUCGUUUUAAUCAUUUUAUUAAUUUUAAUUCAACAACUGACAUGUCGAGAUGGACGAGGUACAGAAAGAAAAAAGAUGCAUUGAAUGCAGGGGAUGAAAGUGGGGCCAGUGAUUUGUCAGACACCGAGCCGUCAUCUGACUCCGAUUCCGACAGACAGCAGCCUGCACCGAAGCGUGGACGAAAAGAGUCUUCCUCUUCUUCCUCUGAGAGCGAUGAUUCCUCUCAGCCAUCGGGGUCUGGUGAUGAGAAUGCGGAUUCACAAGAUGAAGAAGAAGAGAUGCAUCAUGGUGAAGAUGAUGAAGGAGAACAGAAUGGUGGACAGAUUGUUGAUGAAGUUUUGGUGGGAGGAGAUCCUGAAGAUAAUUUAGAAGUGCCAAACAAUGAAGGGAAUGAUGGAGAAGCAGGGCAACAAGGACCACAACAAGAUGAGGAUGAUGAUAGUUCAGUUGAUGAAAAUGAUAAUGACAUUGUCAGCGACAGCAGUAGUGAUGAAGAAACUUCUAGUGAAAGUGAGAAUGAGAGCGAUGAUGAAUCAGAUGAAUCCGAUGAAUCAGAUGUUGAUUAUGAAGGUGGUAAUGCUCCCAAUGGAGAUAUUCCCUUGUAUGCAAAUGCUCGUAUCUCUGUCAUGGAAUCGAUUAUAAUGAUUCUUACCUUGUCAAUAACUUUUAGUCUAAGUGGAGCUUGUUUAGCUAAAAUUCUGGAACUCAUUGAGCUUCACUGUCCACCUGUCAAUAACUGUAUUACUUCCCUUUACAAAUUCAAGCAACUUUUUAUAGAUAUUGGCAGGAAUUGUCUUGUAUUGCACUACUAUUGUGAGAGAUGUUUUAAGAAACUCCAAAACAAAAACUCCAUUUGCAAUCAAUGUAAUAAUGAAACCAAAGUCGCUUUUUUUGUGGAGGUUCCUAUACUUAACCAACUCCAGAGAAUGUUUUUGAGGCCCGGUUUCCUAGAAAUGUUAAUGUUCAGGUUUAAUGGGCAGAAGAAAGAUGCUAACAAUUUUGAAGAUAUAUAUGAUGGUCGUCUUUACAAAGAGAAUAUGGGUGAAGAAUUUCAGCCAGGUCAUUAUAAUAUAUCUUUUAUGUUUUACACUGAUGGGAUAAGUAUUUUCAAAUCAAGCAAAUUUUCAGUGUGGCCCGUGUUUUUAGUCAUUAACGAACUGAAUUACAAAACGAGAACUCGGAAAGAAAACAUCCUGUUGGCAGCUCUGUGGUUUGGGAAAUCCAAACCAAAACCGAACUUGUUUCUGAAGCCUCUCCAAAAAACUUGCAGAAAGUUUAGAGAUGGUGUUCAACUCAAUGUACCCAAUGGACCUCCUGUUUCUGUUAAGGCAACUAUGAUUUGUAUGACUUGUGACUUACAAGCCAAGGGAAUAUUCUUACGUCAAAAAUUGUCAAAUGGUUACUAUGGCUGCAGCAAAUGUCUGUCAAGAGGUGUGAGAAUUCCUGUGGGAAGAUCAUCAGUUCAUGUGCAUCAACAUAUAAGACCCCAGCAAAUGCAGCUCAGGAAAAAUAAUGAAGUUAGAGACCUUGCACUAAACAAACAAUUUGGGUACAAAGGAAUUUCAUUGUUAUAUUUCCUUAUGCCUUCCAUGGUGGCUGGGACUUGUAUCGACAUUAUGCACCAGAUUUUUUCAGGACUGAGUAAGCUGUUAGUCAAACUGUGGUUUGAUCCCAGCUUUUCGGGUCAGCCCUAUUCAUGUACCAGGAUGAUUGAUAUUGUGAAUGAAAGGUUGUCAAGCAUUGUGCCUCCUAGCUUUGUUGAACGCUUUACAAGGACUUUGACUGAUAGGAAGCUAUGGAAGUCAAAAGAGUACAAGUUAUGGUUCUUUUAUUAUUCAAUAGUUGUUAUGCAAGGUAUUUUAGAAGAUGUAUAUUUAGAUCAUCACAUAAAAUUGGUUUCCGCUUUAUCAUUGUUGUCACUGGACAGUAUUUCUCCUGAUCAAAUAGAUUCAGCAGAAGAGCUUCUUCUUGAGUAUAUAAAAGACUUUCAGAACCUCUAUGGUCUACGGUACAUGGGAAUGAAUGUGCACAUGCUGGCCCAUCUAUGCGAUAUGGUACGAGAUCUUGGGCCCCUCUGGGUUUACUCGUGCUUUUUUCUGGAAGCUCUAAAUGGGCAAAUAAUCAAGCUUGUUCAUAGCCCCUUCCAACCUGCUCUUCAGAUAUGCUCCUCAGCCUCUUUAUUCCUUAGUUUGAACACUAAAAUUGACAGCCUUCUAGCUGAUUCUGUUGCCAGAAAUUUCUGUGUUAAGCUAAGGUCUGGAGCUCCUGAUAAAAAAAUUGUAGAACAUAUAAAUGAUAAACUUAAGAUAGUAGGUCGCCCUGCCUUUCAAUACAAUGUAUCAGCUGCAACAAUCCAGGUCCUUAUGAAUAGAUUUAACGUUGCUAAUAGUCACUUUCAGUCCUUCUUUAGAUUAAGAAAAAGUGGUAUUGUUUACACAAGUGAGAAACAACAGGCUACCAAGAGGUGUUCUAUGUAUGCUUCAUUUGUGAAAGAUGGCGUGCCAUUCCUUGGGAAAAUCAGAGACUAUGUAAGAGUGUCAACUUGUGUUUGUACAAAGAUUUGUCUCUGCAUGCCAGCUCGUUACUUCUGUGUGGUGCAAAUUUAUGAAAGAAUACCUUGGAGAAUUCAUGAUGUACAAAAUGUUCGCAUCAGUUACUUAACAGCAGUUGCACCUACUGAUAAUGUACUUGCCUUUACUUGCGAUGAGCUCCAAGGACCAUGUUUUUACAUGAAAACAAAUAAUUUUGAAUAUCUGGCAACACGAGUAAAUAGAUUGGAAUAUGAGUGA